ACCACUCGUUUUCUUACCCUUAAUAAAAUCUUCGGUUGCUUAUCUCCAAAGCUAACCGUUGCCCUUUCAAGAAGAGGUGAGAAAGAGAGCGCCAAACAAAUGGCUCCGAAGAACUUGUCGUUCAAGAUAAUCUUGGGUUCGUCCUCAAUGGCACGUCGCAAAAUUCUAGCGGACAUGGGUUAUGAAUUUACAGUUAUGGGUGCUGACAUUGAUGAAAAGAGGAUUAGGAAGGAUAAUGCAGAGGAAUUAGUGGUAGCUCUAGCAGAGGCAAAGGCAGAUGCUAUCAUGUCAAGGCUCAAAACAACUGAUCAUUUGGAGGAAAAUACCCAUUCCACUCUGUUAAUUACUGCAGAUACAGUGGCUGUGUACGAUGGAAUUAUUAGAGAAAAGCCAUCAAGUAAGGAAGAAGCGCGUCAGUUCAUCAAAUGUUAUUCUGGUGGUCAAGCCACGGUUGUAGGAUCUGUCGUUGUGACCAACCUUACAAAGGGUAUAAGAAAAGGAGCUUGGGAAAGGUCAGAGGUAUAUUUCCAUGACAUACCUGAUGAGAUCAUUGACAGCCUGAUUGAGGAGGGAAUAAUACUUAAUGUUGCUGGUGGCUUAAUGCUUGAGCAUCCAUUGACGUUGCCCUUCGUUGACACUCUGAUUGGAACUGCUGACAGUGUCAUGGGACUCCCAAGAAGUCUCACUGAAAAACUUAUCGAAGAAACACUCUAGCUGCUGGAAUUCCACAAAUGAAUAUCCUUUCAUUAACCUCUCCUGAAAUGUAGUUGAUUACUCUCACUAGAUUUUUGAGUUUAUAAACUUGUCUUUCUGAAGUGAACAUUUGAAACAUGCCGAAAGGAAAUAGCUGAAAGACACUCUUCUUUCAAAUAUCACUGUUGAAUUAUUUGAUUUGAUGUAAACAUCGUGAUCAAGAACGAUUUGAUACUCAUACAACUUGGAAAUUGAUUCAAUAAGGUAAAUAUUCUGCACAAGAAAACAUUUUU